CCACAGAGCAGCGUCCACCUCACUUUCCUUUCUCUCUUGCAUACGACUUUUUUAAGUGAUCUCGUUAACUCUCUGAAUCAGUCUUCAACCAAACACAACUCUUGGAUCUUCUGUGCACAUAGAAUUCAAUUCUUCUUGAAGCUUCUAACAGAUGGCAUCCAGGUCCUCUUCUGGUUCAAUUCCACUACCACCGCCAAGAGCAUGCACCUAUCACGUGUUCUUGAGUUUCAGGGGUGAAGAUGCUCGCGGACGAUUCACUAGCCAUCUCUAUGACGCCCUCAACAGAAAGGGAAUCACAACCUACAGAGAUGAUAACAAUCUUCGCAAGGGCGAUCUUAUUUCAGAUGAACUCCUCACAGCAAUUGAAGAGUCUAUGUUUGCAGUCAUAGUUCUCUCACCCAACUAUGCUUCCUCCACAUGGUGCUUAGAUGAGCUCCACAAGAUUGUUGAGUACAACAACCUGGGCCUACAGAUUGUGGCAGUGUUCUAUCAUGUUAAGCCUUGUGACGUCAGGCAUCAAAUUGGAGCCUUUGAGGAAGCUUUCAAGAAACAUGAACUCAGAUUCGGAAAAGAAGGUGACAGAGUUAGAAGAUGGAGAAAUGCCUUAACACAAGUUGUCAGUUAUUCUAAUUGGGACUCUGAACGAUUCGAGAACGAGGCCAUACUCGUGGAAAGCAUUACUCAACAUAUACAUGAAAGAUUGAUUAUGAAAUUACCAUCUUCUAUGAAGAAUCUCGUAGGGAUUGAUUCAAGGUUGGAAGAAGUUGUCAGACACAUUGGUCUUGGGGGGAAUGAUGUUCGCUUCAUUGGCAUAUGUGGAAUGGGUGGCAUAGGUAAGACAACUAUUGCUAGAAGAGUCUAUGAAACCAUUCGAAGCGAAUUUAAAGUUAGUUGCUUUCUUGCGGAUGUAAGAGAGAGAUCUGAGAAAAGAGGUAUUGUUCAACUACAGAAGCAACUUCUGGAUUGUAUGAACAUAAAUUCAGAUACUAGAUUCGAUGAUGAGUUUGAGGGAAAGGGGAUAAUUUGUCACUCUUUAUGCCAUAAGAAGGUUCUUCUUGUUCUUGAUGAUGUAGACGAUGGAGGCUUGUUGGAGAAUUUGGCUGGUGAACAAGACUGGUUUGGUCCUGGAAGCAGAAUAAUAAUCACAACUAGAGAUACGCAUGUACUAGAAGUGCAUGGAGCAGCGUAUAGAAUUUGUAAGGUUGAAGGGUUAGAACAAGACGAAGCACUUGAACUCUUUUGUUUGAGAGCUUUUAAAAGGUCAAAUCCUGAAGAAGGGUAUAUGGAUUUGUCCCAAGAAGUGGUUAAGUAUUGUGAUGGUCUUCCAUUGGCACUUGUAGUAUUGGGUUCCCAUCUUUGUGGACAAACCAUUGAUGUUUGGCGUAGUGCUAUUGAGAAAAUAAAGAGUUUUCCUCAUGACAAAAUUUUUAAUACAUUGAAAAUAAGUUAUGAUGGUUUAGAUCAUUCGGAAAAGAAUAUCUUUUUAGAUAUUGCUUGCUUUUUCAAAGGACGUGAGAAAGAUUAUGCAACAAAUAUAUGGAAAAGGUGUGGUUAUCAUGUAGAAGCUAGCAUUGCUGCUUUAAUAAAUAAAUCUUUGCUCGCUAUUGGUGAGUACUACAAGGAGACAUUGGAGAUGCAUGAUCUGCUCGAAGAUAUGGGAAAAUAUAUUGUAAUAAAAGAAUGUCGCGACGAUCCUAGCAAGCAAAGCAGAUUGUGGUCUUACAAGGAUGUUGAUCUUGUACUUGCACAAAACAAGGAAAUUGAAGCAACUCAUAGCAUUGUUCUAUAUAAUAAGAUGGAGUGGGGGUUUAAGGGGAAGCAGAGAGUUUUGGAUAUAAGAGAUUUAUCAUUCUCAAAUAUGUGCAAGCUAAAGAUUCUCAUUUUAGAUAACGUGAAAGGUCCCAUUCUCUGCAAUAUUCCUUGUACAUUAAAGGUUUUGCACUGGAGACGUUGUCCAAUGAAAACUCUGCCCUUUACAGAUCAAAGCUAUGAACUUGUUGACAUUGAUCUUUCUUAUAGCAAAAUUGUACAGUUAUGGGAUGGAAAGAAGGUUCUAAAAAAGUUAGAGCACUUGAAUCUGUCCAACUGCCAUAAGCUGAGGCAAACGCCAGAGCUUUGUGGGGCUCCCAAUCUUAAAACACUUGAUCUUAGUGAAUGUAAGGCGCUGAAUUAUAUUCACCCGUUUCUGGCACACCACAAAAGCCUUGUUGAAUUGAAUUUAUAUGGCUGCAGUAGAUUGAGAAGACUGCCAGAAUUUGGGGAAGGCAUGAAACAAUUAUCGGUUCUUAUUCUGACAGAUACAGGUAUAGAAGAACUACCCGAAGAACUACCCACAACGCCUGGAAAAUUUGCUGGUGUGUCUAAGUUGGACUUAAGUGGAUGUGACAAGCUUACUAGUCUUCCCUUGUCACUUGGAUGUUUCGUUGGCCUAAAGGAGUUGGUGUUGAGUAGAUUCAUGGAGCUUAGUUGUGUUCCAUACAGCACUCAUGGGUUAGAGUCCCUCACAGUUGAGGAUUAUUCUGACAGCCCAAAUAUUGUUGGACUUUUGUGUUCUCUCUCUUCCUUCACCUCUUUGAGUACCCUGAAAUUACACGUUGGUACCCUUUCUUACAAUCUCAGCCAUUUAGCGUCGUUGACGGAUUUGGAUUUAUCGGACAAUGAUUUUUGCCAACUUCCAAUAAGUAUUCUUGAACUUCCCACCCUUUCUUACAAUCUCGGCCAUUUAGCGUCGUUGACGGAUUUGGAUUUAUCGGACAAUGAUUUUUGCCAACUUCCAAUAAGUAUUCUUGAACUUCCCAGACUUACACGUCUGCAGCUAUAUCAUUGCCGUUUUCUGGAGGUUUUGCCAGAGAUUCCAUCAAGUCUAAGAGUAUUACAAGCAGACCGUUGUUGUUCACUGGUUGCAUCCAAGGUAUAUGAUGCUAUAUCAAAAGCGUGUUGUGUCUUUGCAGAAUCAGCUAGCCAAGAUCGUGAAGACUUCUUGCAAAUGUUGAUGCCUGAGUUAUAUCAGGAAAUGCCAGCAUGGUUUGAGGAUCAGGAAGAAGAUAACGGAGUAUCACUCUCAUCCCCUUCAACUGAAAUCAUCGCACUUGCUCUCUGUUUCCUAUUAGAUGGUGACGAAUACUCUGAAGAACAGCCAUCGGUGAUCUGCAACGGUAAAGAAUUCAUCAACACGAGAUUAUUGAAGGUGUCAAUGUCAUCAUAUUAUAAGACUUUGCUCAUUCUCUGCCUGAAUGGUUACAGUUUUAGUAACCUGUUAUGCCAAGAUAAUCGCUUCCAACUGCAGUUUCCCAGUGAUUGUUGUGAAAUCCGAGUAAAAAGAUCUGGAGCACGUUGGGUGUGCAAGCAAGACGUUCAACUUUUGAAGAAAAGAAAAUAUGAAACAGGGAAAGAAAGGCAACUCUUAAACUGAACAUGGACAUGAUUUCACAUUCUUCAGCUUCUAGAAAUAAAAUGCCCGUGGUUGACUCUCCAGUGUAUGAAAAAGAGGUAGAGCGUGCUACCACAUUACUUGCGUCUCUUCGCUUUGCUUCCCACAGCACUUAGUUCGCAUAGCUCAUGACACAGGUUUCUCAAUAUAUUCCAUGUAUGAUUGCCAACCUUAGAUAUCUUUAGCUAAAUGGUUCGCCAGAUCUGAAGCUUUUGACAGAUCUCCUUGCAUCCAUCCACUGCAAUGUGAUACCAGAAAGAAAUGUAAAUCUCGGGCACAAAUGGAGCAAGUGAAGGGCGCAGAUAUAUUUGGGGCUGAUAUUAAUUGUUCUUUAUGUCACCUUUCAUGUUGUUUCAGUUAGUGCUCAAAAAUCAGGUAAUUGGUUCUAUUUUUAUGGAUAUAUCUGGCUUGGGUUAAGUUGAAAUUAUUCAAGCCGAAGAUCAGUUGAGUUUAUAUAAAUAUGAGUAUUUGAAGUUCGUAUUUUAGUUUGUAAUUCUUUUCCUUUCAAUUUUUGGAAAAGAUACUGUGUCACUGUGUCAGGUUCUGAUAGAGGAGAGUUUGUAUUGUGUGAUUACUGGGAAUGUGCAUGUGUGUUAAAUUGCAUGUUUCGAAUAUGAAUUGAGCAUUUGGAUGUUGUAUUUGAGUUCAUGUGAGAUGGCUUUUCUAUUUUUUUUUUCUUUUUUCUUUCAAUAUCUUGAGGAAAAAAAAAUUUAACCUUGGUUUUAUGUGGAAAUUGUCGCAAUGAGGUUAUAGCAACUUUUUUACUAUGUUGGAGGGUUUUUAGGAAGAUCGCUUGAGAUUGACAAUUUUUUAA